AUUCUUCUGGGGCGCUCGCAUGCUGUCCGGAGACUAACUCUGCCUCCUUUAACUGCUUGGCUCUGCCUCCCUGACCCGACUCUGGUGUCUGUACUCGGCUCCCCUUCGUUGGCGACUGGGCCGCCACUCCCUCUCCUCUGCUUCCGUGCAAAUGCAGUUCCUGCAUACCCUCACAGCUUUGUGGAGCCACUCUCAUCAGCGACACAUACCCCUAUUUAUGCUACCCCUCAACGCUCUGCCUCCGCCACCCCCAUCCCGAUCCCGACCCCGAAGACGCCGUCGCAGUCCCGGUCGGCUCGGUCGCUCAUGAACGACCCUCUCCUCAAGGGCAUUCCGCAGUACAAUCCCAACGACCCGAAUCAGUCCAUCCCGCGAACGGUCUACCAGCGGCUGUUCAGCAAACUUCAAUCCUUUGCCGAGUCGGACGAGGUUGUUGUCAAAUAUCCCAAGACCUUGGCCAAGAUGCGGCUGCUCUUCCCUGGGAAGUUCAAAUCCACUUCUGCAAGCUCGUUCCGCUCCAUUCGACGGGCCCGCGCAGCCGAGAGCCGCCGCCUGGAUCGCAAUACCAAACUCAUGGAAGGCCGUGGAAUUUCGCCGGCCCGCGGCCUCCGCAACACGAGGCGCAACCAUGGCAACUACCUGCGUAUCACCGACUCGUACAUGUGCGACCUGGACGCCGACCCGGACCAGACGAUCCCACUUCCGUCAAACCAAGUCUAUGUUCUCGGACAGUCUCUGCCGCUCAAUCCCGAGGGCCAUGUGCGCAUCGUGCGGAUAUAUGGCCGGGACGAGAACGAGGUGCUCAAGAGCCACCUGCUCAUCAGCCUGUAUGAGGCCGCGAGCCAGCUCCUGGUGGAUGAGUUCAACCGCAUCGCCAUCACGACGUCGGCCCUGGACUCGAUCUUUGAGUAUGGGCUCUCGUGCGAGAUUGUGGUGGACGAAGUCACGAACGAAGUCAUGGGGGUUGUCAAGUACGUUGUCUUGAAGCGCUAUGUCUAUGUGGAUACGCUGGCUAUUGCCUCAAACUACCAAAGGCGGGGAAUCGGCUCACUCCUGAUGAACCGCAUGAAACAGAUCUCGAUCGAACGAUCCAGGCCCAUCUUUCUGUAUGCGACCUGCUCGGCUGUCGAGUUCUACCAGAAGCAAGGCCUCAAAAUCUCCACGACAUGGCACUCGGGCGACGCCGAGACGGCCGUCUACAUGGAAUCUGACGAAACCGCCUGGAGCCUCAGCCAGCCGUUCUUCCAGAUCGUUCCGCCGUGCCAUCCCCACUCGCUGCUGACGCUGUAUCUCCACCAAGGCGACCAGGAAACGUUUGGGGCGCCGGACUUCAACAUCCAAGUUUUCACAAAGUACCCUAUCGAAUACUCGAUUGUCUCGGGCCGGCCAAAGAAGCGGGACAACCACUUGGGCCCUGCCAUCUAUCCGCGGCGCGCACAAGUGAAGCAGCCGUCGUUCAACGGCUCGGCGUCGUUGCUGUCGUCGUCGCUGUCGUCGAUAUCCGGCGUGCCAUCGCCGACAUUCACGCCGCCCAGCCUGUCGCCCUCGCCGAGCUCAUCGCUGAUGUCGUCCCCGCAGUUUGCGUCGCUGCCCAGCAUGCUGCGGUCCAGCUCCAAGCUCAUUGGCGAACCGCUGUCCCUGGCAACUGUGGCCAAGUACUAUGAGUACGAGCUCAGCGACCUGCACAGCGACGACGACCUGUGCUCGAUGGUGGACCUGGACGAGGGCCCGCACAGCUUCUCGCACUUUGGUGGCUUCUCUAGCUUCCUCUAUGGAGAGUCGACCGGCUCGGGACUGUCGACUCGAACCAGCUCGACGUUGUCACAAGGACAGACGUCCUCGUCUGACACCACCUUUGAGAUGCAGCUGGAGAACGACAUGAUGAGCGAAAGCGGCUAUGCACCCUCGCCGAUGAUGCUGCAGCCGUUCCCGCUGACCAUGCGCUCGGUAUCUGCGCCGAGCCGGAGCAACACAAGCACAAGCAUCAACAACAUCGGCAGCAGCAGCAGCAGCGGCAGCGGUAGCAGCAGCCGAUAUCUGUCUGUGCCAGGCGCAAGCAGCUUCCGAGACCGACGAUGACGCGGGACAUGAUCCGCGGCUCGCGUG